AUGUCGGAACCCACUGGCUUCAUAUUGCCGAAGGACGUGCAAGAUGUUCAAGGAUCCUCUUUUACUACCGCGCUCAUUCAACUAGGCGCUAUCGGACCUGACAAGUCGGCGAAUCUUAUUCAUGCUCGAUCCAAGAUAAAUGAAGCUGUUCAAGGCGCGGCUAUUCGACCAGAAGUUGUGGUGUUACCUGAGGUCUUCAACAGCCCUUACGGUCCUCAGUACUUCAAAAAGUACGCUGAAGUCAUCGGAUGGUCAGAAGGCAACAAAGCCCCAGAAGGUUGGGACGUAGAAAGUUGUCAAAGCGAUAGUGUGAAAAUGCUAAGUCAAGCCUCACGCGAAAACAAGAUCUGGUUAUUUGGUGGCUCGAUCCCAGAGAGAUGCUCCAAAGAUCCGAAUGUGUUGUAUAACACAGCUACAGUCUUUUCACCCGAAGGAACCCUGGUGGCUAUACACCGCAAACUUCACCUCUUCGACAUCAAUAUACCCAAUCAAAUCACAUUCAGAGAGAGUGAGACGCUUAGUGGUGGGAAAGAGGCCGUGACUAUCUCCCCCUCUUUUGGUAAGAUUGGAAUCGGAAUUUGCUACGACAUCAGAUUUCCUGAGAUGGCCAUGAUUGCGGCGCGCAAAGGCUGUAUAGCGAUGAUCUACCCUGGAGCCUUUAACCUCACCACGGGACCUUUGCAUUGGGAGUUACUGGCUAGGGCAAGAGCCGUGGACAAUCAGAUAUACGUAGCGGUGUGUUCACCAGCAAGAGACAUGUCCAGUGGGUAUCAUGCAUGGGGUCACUCGACUAUCGUCAAUCCAAUGGCUCAAAUCGUCAGCACGACAGAUGAAAAUGAGUCAAUCAUAUAUGGCUUCAUUGACGUCAAGGAGAUCAAUAAGGCUCGAAGAGGAUUGCCGGUGACGGUUCAGCGACGCUUUGAUGUAUACCCAGAUAUCAGCUCCUUGAUUGAUGAAAUCUAA